AGUACUCUGUUUUCUGCUUCAGUUGGACUCUAGACAAUCACUUAGUUCAGCUCAGUGGGCUGCAAAACCAAUUUUGGUUCAAAUGAAUCAGGGAAGAUGGAUUUUUAGAUGAUGGGAACUUUUAUCAUCCCCGGCCUCUGCAUCAUAAUAUUACUUAUUACAUUGCUAAUAUUGAACAAAAAAACAAUUUCUCAUCCUGCCGAAAAGUAGGGGAAGGUCAAAAACAAGGACCACUUGUUUGGCGACAGAUGGUUGAUAUCAGUCACUGUCUAAUCUCCAAGUCUGCUGGCCGCUUUUGGUUUGCAAUUUGGAACAGAGCAUUUAGUUGAUAAUAUGCUGGAUCAAGGGUGGUUUACUGAAUAUCGAUGAGCUACUGCUAGGCAAUUCGUAUAUGGUAUACAUGAUAUGAUAGAUCUUCGGUAGGGAAAGUUGCCGCGCUAUUGCUUGCCUGUGGAUGCAAGAAUGUGCACCAGGGCUAUCCAACAGAGACACUAGUGCGCUUCCUUAAAGCUAGAGAGUGGCAUGUAACUAAUGCUCAUAAAAUGCUUGUGGAUUGUUUGAAUUGGAGGAUACAAAAUGAAAUUGACAGUAUACUGGAGAAACCUAUAAUCCCAGUAGACUUGUAUAGAUCGAUACGAGAAUCGCAGCUUGUUGGGUUAUCGGGAUACUCAAAGGAGGGCGUCCCAGUAUUUGCCUUUGGUGUUGGACAGAGCACAUAUGACAAAGCUUCGGUCCAUUACUAUGUGCAAUCUCAUAUUCAGAUCAAUGAGUACCGUGAUCGUAUUAUUCUGCCUAUGGCAACGAAGAAGUUUAGACGACCUAUAACCACCUGUAUAAAGGUUCUUGAUAUGACUGGUCUGAAGUUGUCAGCACUGAGCCUAUUGAAGAUUUUGACUGCAAUAUCUGCUGUCGAUGAACUGAAUUACCCUGAAAAGGCCGAGACCUAUUAUAUUGUGAAUGCUCCAUAUAUAUUCUCAGCGUGUUGGAAGGUUGUGAAACCUCUACUGCAAGAGAGGACAAGAAAGAAGGUCCAUGUUUUGAGUGGUCGUGGGAAAGAUGAGCUCCUAAAGAUUAUGGACCAUUUGUCCAUCCCCCAUUUCUGUCGACGCGAGGGUUCAUCAAAAGCUUCGUUGAGCAGCGUCGAUGACUGCUUCUCGCUCGACCACCCUUUCCACCAAGAGCUCUAUCAUUACAUCGAGCAGCAGGCGUUGAACCAGGAGCUCAUCAAGCAGGGUUCUUUGCAUGUAGACAUCCCCGACCAAGACCCCGAUGAUGCCAUGAUUGUGGAGGUCAUCCAGGCCGAGUUUCACAAGCUCGGUGAACAGAAUGGGUCUGCUGAUGGCGACCAUAAAUAACGGUGUUCGUGUAAGAUGUCAGCGGCUUGGCACAAUAGAUGUGUGUUGCUGUGAUGAAACUGAUGAUCCAUUUCGGUGUUUGCGAUGUUUGCUUGACCAGCCUGCUGUUGUUUGUGGGGUAACCAGUUCCAUGGCGCAAGACUGAGGUAGAAGAAGCAACCGAUGUAUACUAGAUAGAAAUAACCAACGAUUCACCUGUUGUAUACUUUGGCAAUGUACUGUCAUAUGUAUGUCCUCUAAGCUAGGAGUAAACCAUCCUGUAACAUGGAUGCAAAAAUAAUCUUGAGAGUACCAUCCUUCAAUCAGAAAUAAAUGGUGCAUCUUGACCUUUGCCAUCUGUUACCACUUGCCA